CAGGCGCACAGUAGUCGAUUAUUAUGUUGGUUUUAAGUGAGAAAAGAGAGAAUAAACAUGGAUAAAAAGAAGAAACCAUUUGAUGUGACAGCUUCAUCGCUAGUGGACCUUAAAGCUGAACUGUACAGAAAGCAGGAGCAAUUCAAACAAGAGAAACUUGGGCGAGAAACUGCUGGUGCUGGACUCAAACCCAAAGUCAAGAAACCUAAUGUGUGGAGCCAACAAAACGCUGGUGUUUCAGCAAGAGCGGAGAAAGAUGCAGAACAGCUGUCUGAGGAGCAGAAGAGCAUCGAUACAGCAAGACGCAGGCUGGAGGAGAAAGCUAAACUCUAUGAGCAGAUGACAAAAGGAGACUUUCCAGAUGAAGAGACAGAGGGACUGUUCCUGGUUGAUUUCACCCAGAAGAUUAUUGACAAAAAGAGAGAAGCAGUUGCACAGAAGGAAAUGGAAAGAGUUGAUGAGGAUGAGGAAAGAAGCAGCUCAUCUUCUGUCCCCGCUCCUCAAACCCCAGAUGAGGAAUGGGUGGACUUUGUGGACUCUUUGGGACGAUCUCGAAGAUGCAUGAAGAAAGACCUCCCAGAUUUUAAGAAAAUGGACCAAGACUUUAAAGGAAAAGGAAAAGCCUCGGCUGAGAAGACUUUACUCUCAGAAGACAUGCGUCGAGAGCUGCAGAGGCAGGAGUGGGAGAGGGAGGAAGAGGAAGCUAUGAAGAAGCCUGUUGGACCAAUCCACUAUGAGGAUAUCAGGGGGCAAGAGGCUCGGGAGCUCGGUGUAGGCUACUAUGCGUUUGCUCAGGAUGAAGAGCAGCGUAGAAAGCAGAGAGAUACUCUGGACAUGCUCAGAGAUCAGACAACAGAUCAGCGCAAUAAGAGGGAACGACUGAAGGAAAAGAGGCAGGCCAUCCUGCAGGCCCGGCUGGCCAAAGUCAGGCAGAGAAAGAUGAAGACAAACCUGAAUGGCAGUGAGGAAGAACAGAAAGAGGAGGAGAAUGAAGAUGGAGAGGAGGAAGGUGACUUAAUCGGACCCCCACCUCCCCCCGAAGACUGUCCAGAAGUCAGUAUACUGAAGAAGGUGGAAGUGGAGAUUCAGGAAAGGAAGGACACUAAACCAGGAAUUCCUCAUGUCAGAGAAUGGGACAGAGGCAAAGAGUCUAUGUUUAGUGAGUGGAAAACUCGGCGUCGGGAAGAGCGAGAUUCAGAGUUUGCGCCUCCCUCUGCAUAUUUUGGUAAUGAGAAGAGACCAAGAUCAGAGAAGACUGAGAUGCAACAGAAGAAAAAUUCCAAAAUGUCCUUCAAAUGGACAAAAGGCCCAGCAGAAAUCUCUGAGGGCAAAGGAGAACCAUGUCCAGAACCUAAAUCUACUCCUCCACCUCCUCAACCUCAACAAAAUCCUCCAACACCUUCACAGCCGUCACCCUCAUCUCCUGUCUCUGCUCCUCCUGUCAACCCCCAGCAUCCUCCUCCUCAAUUUUAUCCUCCAUUUCCUCCUCCACCUCAGUUUACAUUCCCACCUCACCUAUCCCCUCACUUUCCCACACUGUACCCAAACCAGUACCCACCCCACUAUCCCCCCCAUUACCCCCCCCAGUAUCCACCUCAGCCGCCCCCACAGCCCACAGACCACAGCCAGGCCCAGCAGCCCCCUCCUCCGGGUGCUUCUGAGAAUCUGGAUGACAUGCUGUCCUUCUACAGGAACUCUAUCUGAUCCUUGGAAUAUCUGACAUGUCUGCUGUUGGUUCAUAUUGUGAGUAAAUAUUGCGACCAUAGUGUGAUUCCUCUUAGAGAUCCAAAAAGCAGAGCCAGACAU